CAGCGGGAGGGUUGAUUUGUCAGUUUGCUCUGUUGGAACCAGCUGUAUGAUGUCAAGUUACAAGUGUUCUGCAUAACUGUGCAAGAGCACUGAGAAAGUGGAUCUGUGAUUGACAGAAUAGGGAAAUCACUCGGCAAGAGUCGGGCAAGUAGAAAAGUUGAGGAUUUGUCUUAAAUUGUCAGUCACUUACACUAUGGCCAGAGUUUGGCAGCAUCCUUAUGUCAACAUCUUCAAACAUUUUAAGAUUGAAGAAUGGAAAAAGUCUACAAAAGAAGGCGAUGUGACAACAAUGAUGGACAAGACUAUAAAGUGCACAGUUUAUCGGAUCAGGGGCUCAAUUCCAGCCAGCAACUAUAUUCAGAUUCCUAAAGUCAGCAGCCAGUCACUAGGAUUAACAGGACGUUACCUUUAUUUGCUCUUCAAGCCUAUACCUUCAAAGUAUUUUGUUGUCCAUAUGGAUGUGACCACAGAGGACAGCCAGGUCAUUCGGCUCUCAUUUUCUAACCUUUUUAAGGAAUUUAAAUCCACUGCCACGUGGCUUCAGUUUCCAUUCAUUUGUGGAGCGGCCAAAGGAUCAGUCUAUGAGAUGACUGCAAAGACAGCUAAACAAGAUCUUGUUGGUCCAGCUCCUGCUUCUGUACGCUGGACCUGCCUGAUGAUGGACCUCCAUUACAUACUAUCAAUUUAUCUGAAUCGCCGAUACAGCCAUCUAAAGAGUGUCCGAAUAUGUUCCAACCUGUUAGUAAAGAACCUGCUUACCAGUGACCUGUUGUUUGACCCAGGUAUGAGCUUCUCAGAGGCCAAGCAUUCAGGUGUGCUUUUUCAUGGAACAGCUCCUAUGCCACGUGACAUGACAUUCCCAGUGCCAAAGGGAGAGAGCUGGCAUGAUCUUUAUGACUAUAUUAGAUUUCCUUCAGAUGGGUCAAAGAUGCCUUAUGACUCUAUUCAGAAAGGAGACCCUACUACAAACUUCAAGACAGUUCUGCAAAAACCUUCAAGCCCAGUACGAGAGCUACCACGGACAGUAAAUGUCAGUAAACCUGUUCAGGACCGUGUUUCUCUUAUCCAGCAAAUAACUACUCCAAAACCUAGACCGUGCCCUGAUUUAUUAGUAACCAGAAGUAUUCCUGAAGUGCAGUUAACAACUUCCUUACCACUAAGAGAAUCUUACAGGAAUUCUGAAGAAGAUGGUACAGAACAUGUAGAAACUGGGAGUGCAGAUGUAAUGACAGCAGAUGAUGGUGGGAUCCAUGUGUAUGCACACAGAAAUAAUAUUGAUGUCACUGUGCAUAGACACAGUAGUGAGGACAUUGAUGAGACUGUAUUCACAAAAGUGUCAAGACCAGCAAAACUAAUGGUUAAGAAAGGAUCAGAUCACAAGAGUAUACAACCAGAUCCGAUUUUGAAGUUGAAGAAUAUUAUAGGUUUUGGAGGAUGCACCUAUAAAUCAGCAUUAUGGACAAAAACACACUCUGCAGUUGUGUAUCCUUGCCAUGCUAUUAUAGUGUCUAUGGACACUGAGACUGGGGAGCAGAGAUUUUUCAUUGGACACACUGAUAAGAUUUCAGCACUGGCAUUUAAUGGUAGUGGCACACUGCUUACAUCUGCACAGACUGGCAAUACAGGUAUGGUGCGGAUCUGGAACUUCCAGAAGGGGAGUUGCUUGGCUGUGUUUAAAACACAUGUCCACUCUGUCUCCUGUCUGAGUUUUUCCAACAGUGGAAAAGUUCUGUGUGGUGUUGGAAAAGACGGCCAUGGAAAAAAUAUGGUAGUCGUGUGGAAUACAUCAGAAGUGAAACGUUCAGGAGAGGUGAUGGUGAUGGCUAAAGCACACACUGAUGUAGACAUCCAGGUCUUGAAGAUUGCCUUCUUUGAUGACACCAGGAUGGUGUCCUGUGGCAGAGAUAAUAUCCGCUUGUGGAGAGUACGAAGUGGCUCGUUGCGAUCUUGUCCUGUCAACCUAGGCGAUUAUCAUGCAAUGGAGUUUACGGAUGUAGCAUUUGAAGAGGGACAUAUUCCAGACCAAGAUCCUGAAGACCGUACACUCUUUGCUUGCAGUAAAGCUGGUCAUAUUCUGGAGGUAGAUUACAAGAACGUCGUGAUCAAAAACGUGCGCCGCCUGCUGCCAUCUCAAGUGACGCACUCUCAGAGAAGGGAAAAACAAACCUUCAAUUCGGGUACUGGAAUUGCUAUCAACAGUAUUAGUAUUUCGUCUGCAUUCUGUGCAACUGGAUCAGAAGAUGGUUGCCUUCGACUUUGGCCCUUAGAUUUUUCAGCUGUGUUUUUGGAGGCAGAACAUGAAGGUCCAGUCAGCUUGGUGAACAUCAGCCCUGAUGGACUAAAAGUUUUGGCAGCCACCUUCACUGGUAAUAUUGGAUAUCUUGAUAUAGCAAGUCGGGAUUACACUACCUUGAUGAGGUCGCACACGGAUACAGUACUGGGAUUUUCAGUGGAUCAGUUUCGGAGACAUUUGGCUACAGUGUCCCAGGAUGGGACCAUCCGAAUUUGGGCUCUUGAUUCAUUACAGCAGCUAUAUGAUUUUGUUGCAUCUGAUGAGAUCCCAUGUGCUGUUGCCUUUCAUCCAAGUCAACAAAUAUUUGCCUGUGGAUUCAGCAGUGGAGUUGUAAGGGUCUUCAGUAUUCUUCAUUCUUCUUUGCUUGCAGAACACAAACAACACCGUGGUCAGGUCAUUGGCUUGGUUUUCUCACCUAAUGCUGAUUACAUGUACAGUGCUGGUUCCCUUGGCUCUUUAGCUCUCUACAAUGCAUUAGAGGAUGAUCAUCAUGCAUUACGAGUACUGGGUAAUGUGGUGGCACGGGGAAGUGAGCGUGGUCCUGAUGCUUUAACUGUGAGCAGUGAUGGUCAUUACCUGGCUUUUGUGGGACCAUCUGAAUAUAUAGUCACUAUAAUGGAUGGACGCUCUCUAGAUGAGCUCCUCAGAGUGGAUGUUAGUAUCUUAGACCUGGACAGCACUAAGCCUGACUCUGCUGCAAAAGUCUGCUUUGCUCCUACUGCUGUUGGACAGAUACUAGUGACAACAUCUUCCAAUAAAAUUUUGUGGCUUAACACAAAAACAGGACGCCUAGUCCGGGAAAUAUCCAAGGUUCACAAGAAGAUGUGCUCAAGUUUAGCAGUGAGUGAAGAUGCACAGUUCCUACUUACUGCUGCAGACAUGGUUAUCAAAGUGUGGGAUUAUGACAUGAAACUUGAUAAAAAUUUUCAGGUAUAUAUUGGACAUUCAGAGUUAGUGCAACAAGUAAGUUUUACUCCAGAUCAUCUAAAUGUUAUCAGUGUUGGAGAUGGAGUAUUCAUUUGGGAUUUUCUUGCAGACGUUAAGCCAGUACAAAGUACAAGCAGCCAUGUGAUCAUCAGUCCUCAUUCACCCUCCAAAAAUAGAAGCCAUGCAUCCACUACAUCCAGCCACAUGAUGGUGACAAAUGGAAUUCCUCGACAGGCUGUGCCUGUUCCCUUUGCUUCUCCUCCUCGCCUCAACUUCAGCUCCAUUGACAAAACAGGGAUGGAUGACUUUCCUUCUGGAUCAGAAGAGGAAGAGUGCGACCAGAGAAGUAGCUCAGUUACAGAAUACAGAGAGAAGGAUUCUUCCUUACACAUACCAUCAAACUUAACAAGGACAGAUACUCCGUUAACCACUGGACUCUGCUUAAAUCAGGUUCUUCAGGAACAGCUUCAAGCAGAAACUGAACAUGAAGAAAGGAGGCAGGAAGCUUUGCAUUGUGUCCGUCCUGACUGUUACAAACAUUUCAUUGCUCGAUACAAAGCCUCUGUUCGCAUUAAGGUACCUGUAAGCUUUGAUGAAGUUAAAGUAAAACAAAAAUGUGGUAAAUAUUACAAAAUGGGGCUAGAAAGCCUUUACUUUUAUACUUUUUUUGUGUUUCCAUAUAUGUUUAGUACAGUUCUCACAAAUUAUGAAAUCUCAGCCUCUGUACUUGAUGAAGACAGUCUAGUACUGAAAACCAUUAUAGGGUACAAUGGAAAUGGCAGAGGAAAUAUGGUCUGGAACCCAGAUACAGGUUUCUUUGCAUACUCUUGUGGCUGUGUGAUUGUAGUUGAAGAUCUGCAUUCAGGAUCUCAGAAACACUGGCUUGGACACACUGAAGAGAUUUCAACACUUGCUGUCAGCAAUGAUGCUCUGGUCCUUGCCUCAGCUUCUGCAUCAGAUUCAGGCGGUUCCAGCAGUCAGAUUUUCAUCUGGAAUGUGACAGAUGGGUCUUAUAAGAAGAUCUUUUCCCAUCAUAAGGAAGAUAUUCAAGCCAUGGCCUUCUCACGAGAUGACCGCUUUUUUGUAACUGCAGGUGAUUACAGGGAUUGUACUAUUGCCUUGUGGAACACCAGGAAUUAUGAACUGCUUACAAUGACACGGCUAACUAACCCUGUUCAUGAUGUUGCUUUUAAUCCUGCAUCACAUGGUGAGUUUGCCUGUGUUGGGACUGGACCUAUGAUGUUUUGGAUGACAGAGGAGGAGAACAGUAACUUUCAUCUCAAGGUUCACAGUGCUCCUGUGCCUAAUGAAUUGGGCCCAGUGGAAUUAACAUCUCUCUGCUACAAUACAAACUCCAUUCUUUAUACUGGUACUAACACAGGCCGAGUCUGUGUAUGGGACACCAAGAAAAACUGUUGUUUUAUGACGUGGGAGGCAGAUCAAGGAGAAAUUGGUAUAAUCCUCUGUCAAGGAAACAGACUUCUAAGUGGAAGCAAUACCAGAAAAAUAAAAUUAUGGGAUGUAGCCAGUGUGCAAGAUAUGAGGCUGCAAGGUUCAAAAGCCAGGUCACAUUCUGUUUUGCUGGUGCAUGAAAUGACAUUGGAUGGCACAGUGGUCAGUGCUGCAUUUGAUGAAGUUUUGGACAUGGGAAUUGUAGGCACUACUGCAGGGACACUGUGGUACAUCAACUGGGCAGAAAAUACAAGUAUUCGUUUAAUCAGUGGGCACAAAAAUAAGGUAAGAGUGUUUGAAAUUGGGAAAUUUAAGUAA